AUGGUGUUCACUGAGCUCCUGGAGCAGGCUGGGGGUGCGGGCUUCUUCCAGGCCCUGCAGGUCCACUUCUUCCUCCUGUCUGUCUGGGUGCCCAUCCAAUUAGUUGUGGAGAACGUUUCAGCUGCUGUCCUAGGCCACUGCUGCUGUGCCCACAUGCUGGACAAUGGCUCUGAGGCCCCCGGAAACCUCACCCCCGAGGCCCUCCUGGCCGUCUCCAUCCCACUGAGCCCCAACCAGGAGCCCCACCAGUGUCUGCGCUUCCGCCAACCACAGUGGCAGCUCCCGGACCCCAACGCCAUGGCCACCAACUGGAGCGAGGCUGCCACGGAGCCACGCGUGGACGGCUGGGUCUACGACCGCAGCACGUUUACCUCCACCAUCGUGACCGAGCAGGACCUGGUGUGUGACCACCAGGGCCUGAAGCCCCUAGGCCGGUCCAUCUACCUGGCGGGGGGCCAUGGCGGGUGGAGCACCUGGGGCCUCCUCUCCCACCAGUGAUUUGGGCGGAAGCCUGUUCUGAGCUGGCGCUGCCUGCAGGUGACGUGGCCAGCAUCAGCCCCAUCGUUGCCUCCAAUCUCCUUUCUACGAUUUUUGAGCACUUUGGGAUUGUCUGGCAUCAUCCUGACCUCGACAACGCUCAUGGUGGAGUGGACCACGACCCGCACGAGGGCCGUCACCGUGACGAUCCUGAGAUGCACCUACAGCAUCGGCCAGACGGCCAUGGGCAGCCUGGCCUUUGCCCUGUGGGACCGCCUGGCAUUAGUGGUGCAGAGGGAGAAGUGGCUGCCUUCUCCCCACUCCUGUUGCAGCUGGCAGGUCUGCUGCCCACCACCCCCUCCCCACAUGACCUGGGGGCAGUGCCCAAUCUACACGAAGAAAACAAAGACCCAGCCAAGCACCCGCUUCUUUAACCGGUGGCUGCCGGGAUCCGCCCGAUGGCUGAUUACGGUGGGCAAAACAGAUCGAGCGCUUCAGGAACUCAAAAAGGGGGCCAAGAUACAUGGCCACAAGGAAGCCAAAAGGACACUGACUGUAGAGGUACUGAUGUCCAGCAUGGAGGAGGACGUAGCCUCCGCGAAGUCCCGCCGGUCAGGGCUGGACCUGUUCCGUAUAAUCGCGCUCCUCUGGAGAAGCUGCAGACUGUUGGUAGCGAGCUUGUCCCUCACCCUCUCCUACUAUGGGCUAGUCCUCCUCCUGCAGAACCUGGGGAGCAGCGUCUUCUUCCUCCAGGUCCUCUUUGGAGCCACGGACUUCCGGGGCCGGAUCACCACCACGCUCCAACUCAGGUUCUUUGGCCGCCACACAACCCUGCCCGGCUCCCUGGCUGUGGCUGGCCUCGCCAUCCUGGCCAAAAUGCUGGUCCCACAGGAUCUGCAGACCCUGCAUGUGAUCUUGGCUGUGCUGGGAAAGGGAUGUUUUGGCAUCAGCUUAACCUGCAUCAUGGUCUACAAGCCGGAACUCUUCCCAACUUCACUGUGGAUGACCGCAGUGGGCCUGGGCCAGACGGCAGCCCGAGGGGGAGCCAUCCUGGGGCCUCUGCUGCGGCUGCUGGGUGUACACGGUGCCUCCCUACCCCUGCUGGUGUACGGGGCGGUGCCAGUGCCGAGCAGCCUGGCCGCACUGCUGCUGCCCGAGACCCAGAGCCUGCCGCUGCGCGACACUAUCCAAUAUGUGUGGAGCCAGGCAGUAAAGAAGGCAACACACAGCACCCAGGGGCGUCCUGUUCUGAAAUCCACACGACUUUAG